GUCGCGACCCCCCCCUCCCCUCUUCCUCCCUCCGCUACUCGCGGCGUGGGCGCGCUCCGGGCUGCAGGGCUGCAGUGCAAGCCAGGCCGCCGGGCGGGAGAGAGUGCGUGUCGUUACCGCUGGCAAAUAUCCCUGCCGUGACGUCACCGCCUGUGCGUGAGUGAGUGCGUGAGUGUAUCGUUGACUCCCCCCCCCCCCCCCCCUGCAGCAGGCCGCCGCCUUGUGGAAUGCCGAGGCAGGGAAGUCGGACAGCUCCUGCGAUCCCCGUGAAGGUGCCGGCGGCCGCCGCCCCCGCCCGCCCCCGCCCAUGAUUUCCGCCAGCCUCGCAGUGGAGGGGCACCCGCCCCGCCCCCACCCCCACCACCACCCCCUCAUGACGUACGCGGCGGAGCCGUGCCGCCCCUGGCCCGCCAAGGCCAGCCCGCCCGCCGCCCCCGAGUUCGCGCGGCCGCUGCCCAAGCGCUACAACGGCGCGCCGCCCCCGCCGCCCCCUCGCGGCCCCCGCUACCAGGAGGCGCCCGUCAACCUGGCGCCGCAACACAAGGACGGCUCGCCGCCCUUCCCGCAGUACGCGCCCUUCCACGGCCUGGCGGGGGCCUACGCGCCGCUGUACGCCGCGCCGCCGCCGCACUACGCGCCGCCCCCGCAGCGCUACAGCCCGCCGCCGCCUCACCCGGGCGCGCGCGGCCGAGGCUUCAAGGUGCCCUGCGGCAAGGAGGGAUCGCUGAAGCACCGCAUCCUGACCCGGGGCGGAGCGCCCGGGACCUCGUCCUCGCCGGCGGGCUGCUCCGCGGUGCUGCCCGCCAACUUCUCGCGGGGGUCGCUGGUGCAGCUGGCCAGCGGCGAGCUCAAGAGGGUGGAGGACCUGCGCACCGAGGACUUCGUGCGGUCGGCCGAGCACAGCGCGAGCGUGAAGCUGGACCCCAGCACGGUGCUGCGCAUCCAGCAGGACCCGGUGCAGGGCACGGCGCGGCUGGCGCUCACGCUCAGCCAGGGCGACCCGCCGCGCGCUCAGGUGGAGUUCGAGACCCGGCUGGAGCACCCCUUCUUCGUGUACGGCCAGGGCUGGGCGUCGUGCGACCCGGAGCGCAGCCUGCGCCAGUACGGCCUCGCGUGCCACCGCCUGCAGGUGGGCGACGUGUGCAUCUCGCUCACCCCGCGCGCCGCCCCCGCCACCGCCGCCUCCGCCGCCGCCGCCGCCUCGCAGCGCAGGAGGCGCUGGUCCGCCCCCGACCACUUCCUGGACGGCCCGCCGCCCGCCAAGAGGACCAAGGAGUGACCGCCGCCACCGCGCGGCGCUCGUUCGACAUUCACAACCUCCACAACUUCCACAACCUCCACAACCUCCACAACCUUCACAACCUCCACAACUUCCAUAACCUCCAGAACCUUCACAACUUCCACAACCUCCACAACAUCCAUAACCUCCAGAACCUUCACAACUUCCACAACCUUCACAACCUCCACAACCGUCACAACCUUCACAACCUUAACCUUCACAACCGUCACAACUUCCACAACCUUCACAACCUUCACAACCUUCACAACUUCCAUAACCUCCACAACCUUCACAACCGUCAGAACCUUCACAACCUUCACCUUCGCAACCGUCACAACUUCCACAUUUUCAUUGACAGUUUCUUUAGUUAUGGAAACUUCGGGUAGGAAUUUGUCUUCUACUUUUUAUUUUUUUUUAAAUUUUACGUCAUGAGGUUGGUGAUGACUUGUGUGACUUACGUGCUUCGUGAAAGACAGUGAUUCCCCUUACGUUGUUGCGUAGCCGCGUACUUUGCGUAGUACACAGCAAAGUUGCUCGUUUCCGUCUCGCCGUUCAUUGCUAACAAUCAGCUCUCUUAACGUUUCUCGUUAAGACCACAAGUUUUCUCCACGGAUAUUUAUUAAAUGUAAUUUUUUUCGUGUUACGGCCAAGUGAUGAUUAACGCUUGUGUGACUUUUUUUUUUUUACCCUUAUUGGAUAAUACAUGGUGAAUAUCUGGUGACAAAAUUUUGAGAUGAAACAUAAACUGCAAGACAACUCUUGUAGUGAAUUCGCAGGAAGAUCACUUGAAUGACAGUGAUGAGGCAAUAAUGAAAUAACCAUCGUGUGCGUGAGGGCAAGCCUAAGUGUGGGGGAGUGGAACCAGAAAGUGCUGCCUUUGUUUCAUUGAUUUGCAUGCCAUAAUCAUUUUUAAACAUUUAUUAUUGAACAUUUGAAUAUUUAAUGCAGAUAUCAAACUCCAAGUGAUUUUCAGAGAAUUUAAAAUAGUGUCUAUUGACAGUGUUAUUAAAGUUGUAGAAAGUCCUAAAAAUUAGUAACAACAUUCCACAAAAUUAUAUAGAGCUACUAUGCUGUUACAAAGCCAAAUUUUGAAAAUUGAAUGGUAUAAAAUUUUUGCUCCUGGCAACUGCUGAAACAAAGAUGGCUUCUUUUAAUUCCUCUCUCUUAACGGUUUGAGUUUACAAUGGUUACCGCCAAGUUGUUGUUUACGUAGCACUACACAGUAGACCUCGUAAAGUGAAGGCCAAAAACUUUUCAGUUACAAUUUAAAAAAAAAUUUAAACAGCUCGUGAAGUAGUUGGAUUUCCAAGAACCAAUAAUUGCCUAGAAAGCAGAGUUUUUUAUGUGGCUCUUGGUGGGAGACAUUAUGUGAUUUGAAUUUGAUGAUUACGCUGGUGAGAAUUAGAACACCCAACGUAUGAGCCAAAUUUACGUUUGUGUUUGAAAUGAAGAUGAAAGCUAUGGACCAAAACAUUGUCACUUGUCUUAAGUAUUUCCCUGCAUAAUGGCCUUAAGUCGCCACUUCACCUGCCACUUUGGAUUAUUUCAUUUUCGUGACAUUGUGUACAUUUUUCAUUCAGUGCUACACAUUCUAUUUGUAAAACGUUGUUCAGUUAUUCAUUAUUAAAAAUUUUUGCCUGACUAAUUGCAACAUGGUAUUCACCAAAAACUAACUGGCUCUGCUUCCGCAGAUGGUAUGCAUACAACUUUACUUCCGUAGUCUCAUUUUAGAAAUAUUUCUUCGCAAAGAUCUGGAUCAGAAAAAAAAA